GCUCGUAAGCCUGAAGCCGCGCGGAGAUACUUUCCACAGGAGUCCUCCAUCGCCGACCGAAUCGAGUUCAAUAAAAAAAAGAACAAAACCUCACAAACACAGGGAGAUUAUUAACUCAAAUAAAGAAAAUCGUAAUUCGUUAGUGCGCUAGUAAAGUUCGUUAAGUUUAAGCCAAAAUAUAGCCAUACGUCAACACUCCUGCCGAAAGGUCAAUUAACCCAAGCGUGCAGUAAAUAUUAACCCAAAAGUCUAAGCGAAACCAAGCUGCCGAGUGAAAAGAAAAGGGCAGAAGUUCCGAAAGUACUCUUGAACCCUGCUAAACAACAACGAAACAAGUUUAAAUUGCACUGGACUGGCAACUUCCGUUUCCGUUGAGUGCUUCAAUUUCAAUUUCAGUUUAAAGUUAACUCCGACCAAACCCAAAUUGACAAGAACAACCGAGCCAAAAAUAAAGUGAACACAAACCAAGAAACCUAAAGAAAAAAGUUUUUUGAGGCGUUCUUUCCGACUCCAAACACUCGAUACAAAGGGACAGUUGGAGAUAGGACGGGGAGAUAAACUGCAUAAAUCAACGCCACUGCAAAAGCCAAUAGCAACAAUAACUGGAAACAAUUAAUUUUAUUCAAACAAGAGCCACAAUAAGGACGACGACAAAAAAUGGAUUACGGCUGGCUGAUGUUUCUGUUCAUCGCACUUUUAAUUGAUUUUCCAAUCGCAUGUGCUCUGUUUGUGACGGAUAUCAGUGUGCCCGAGAUCGUAGAUUUUCGGGACAAUGUGACCCUGUCUUGCAGCUACGAUAUGCGAGGUCACACUCUAAACUCGGUCAAAUGGUACAAAGACCACGAGGAGUUUUUCAGAUAUUCCCCUUUGACGAGUCCGAUUUACAUGACUUUCGAAGUGCAAGGCCUACAAGUGUUGGAAGGGAAAUACGUGUGCAACGAAUCGAGUUGCCGACUGGAUUUGAGUUUACAAGGUGCCAAGUCAACCGGACUCUAUAAGUGCGAAGUUAGCGGCGAUGCGCCCCACUUCAAGCUCGCGGAUAAGGCGGACAACAUGACUGUUGCAGCACUGCCUCAAAACGACCCGCUAAUCGAAAGCUUCAACUCCAUGUAUCGCAUGGAGGAAUACCUCAAAGCCACUUGCAUAUCGGACUUUUCCAGUCUGCCCACACGACUCACCUGGUACAUAAAUGGCGAGCAGCCGCUGUUAGGAGAACUGUAUCCCACAACGGACACAAGCUUAGCAGCCCAUGAUUAUGUACUGAGGCGACAACGGCUUCAGGUGCAAUUCUUUUUGCAGGGGCAGCGCUUUUUCCAGGCCGGAAAAAUCCUAGAGCUCAAAUGCGUGGCGGAAAUUGAAAAUUAUCCGGAGUUGAGGCGCGAGAAGACUCUCAGUGCGUCACUAUCGCAGUACGACAAUUUCAACAAUCAAAUGCCGCUGAGGCAUGCGAAUGCAAACUCUGGCUCGGCACAAAGGAGCAUCCUGUGUGGCAGGACGUCACUAAUUUCCGCAUUUCUGGCGGCAAUUCUACUAAUUCACUGUUUGCGACGCCCUUCAUGAACACUCUCAUCCAUAAGAGAAUCGAAAUUGGCGGAAGAACUCAAAUCUCCGGACUCGGAUUCGAAAUCGCCUCGUAUGGCAACUUUGUCAACUAUAUCAUCACGUUAGUUAGUCAGUCAGUUAGUCACCUAGUUAGUUAGUUAGGGUAACACACAAAGGUAAGACCGCGAAUUAGUAAAUAGGAAAAGCUUUUGGGUCGAUAAAUGUAAAUAAAAUUGAGGGAGUGAAACGUUAAAGGUUAUGAAUGCUCAAGGAAAAAUAUUUAACAUAGAAAUGUUUUAAAUUAAUAUUUAAGUAUGUUCUUUAAAUUAUUUCGUAUGAACAAAGUUCGAAUUAAAUAUUACAAAAAAAUGAAAGUAGCUACUUACUUUUAUGUAAUUGUUCUUAAUAAGUAUGAGAAUAAACGAAUUUUAUUAUGAUAAUGCUUCCUUUUCAGUUUAUAAAUGAAACAUAUAGAAACGGUUCUAAUUACAUUUUAUACACAUUUUUUGACUUUGACUAUAUUUUGUUACUUAAAGGAAAUAUUUUACUGAAAUAUGAUUUCUUAAAAAGUUCAUCGGAAUCCUUUGAAUUUCUCCUUUGUAAUUAAUUUAAAAUAGGGGUUUUUGUAAUUCGGUAUGUUAAAAGUGCGUUUUUUGGGAGAAACCAUAUUUCUUUUCAAUGAAAGUCAUGUUUUCCAUGUAAAUGAAUAUAAUCGUCGGUUGGGUCAUGAGCGACUGAAUAAAACAAAACUGAAAAUUUAAACAAACAAAAACUGCCAGAAAAAAUUGAUUUACCUGCCUGUCACUGAUACUAGCAAAAAUAAGUCACUCUCCAGCAAACCAAUCGAAUUUCCAAUAUUUGUAUAUAAGCGUAAUUUUUCCGAUUGUUGUUUGGCAAUUGAUUUCCAUACGUAGUGCACAUAAAACAUUUUUCGAGCAAAUAUAUCCCUGCACACCCCACGGCAAGUGCAUUGGGUAAAUUAUAAAAAAAGAACACAUAUGAAACACCAUAAAAAAUAAGCGAACUCAUAAAAAAAAGAUAAUGGAAUAAAAUGCGAUUUUAUCGGUGAGAAACGAGAAUGCAGAAUGCAGAAUGCUGUAAAAAUCAUUAUAAUUAAGUCUAGCGUAAAUAUGCUGUAAAUACAAUUUUAAACAUUAAAAACAGAGAAUAAACAACUAUAAAUCAUGUCACUAAGCCAGACUCAGCCAUAUACGUAUGUAUAUAAAGCUAUUUGCUAUAUAUCUCAGCAUGUAGUUACUAAGGUCGACAUACAAAAUGACAUACAAAAAGAGCAGAGAAACAUAGAUAAUAAUUUUAAACAAAAACGCAAUACACAUUUCAUUUAGCUGAGCAACUACAAAUAGACACUAUCAAUUAUCCGCUGGGUCAAAGCCCUCUAAAAAUGAUCUGGCGACAGACGGCCAACAAAAAAAUACAAAAUACAAAUAUAAAGGAUAUUGUAUCGUGGUAUGGUAAAAUGAAUGGAAACCUGGAGGUAUCUGACAUCACGUUUUGUUCAUAAGUAUGUCCAAUUAAAAUAAAACUCAGAGUGUGUGAUGGGAAAACAUACUAAAUAUAAAAAAUAAAUGUAUAAAUUAAUUUACUUACUCAAUCGCACAUCUUUCGGUUGUAAAGAGUAAAAAUCACACACGAUAAAAUAAAAAUAAACGAGAGCAAAUAAUGAUAAUGUAUAUAAAAGCAUUUACUUUAGUUUUUCAUUUCGGCGACUGGCCAUUAAAUUGUGUAAAAUAUUUCCAAAGGCAAGCUGCAAUGCAUUUAUUUUUUUGUUUCCUUGCUGUUCAUGAAAAAUUCAAAUAAAUAAGAUAAAUAAAUAAUUCAA